UAUUCUUAAUAUCCCUUUGAGUUUGAGUCAGAAUUAGGCAGCGGCUUGCAAAAAUGCUUUAGAAAAGUGAAGAAAGUUCUGAGAAAAGGUUUUACAUCUGUUACAAUGAAAUUCGUGACUAGUGAUGGAACAAAGUAGAUUUUACAAUGACAGAUUCUUGAAUACGGAUCUGUUGUAAGGUUAAAGGCCACAGACCCUUUUAGAGAAACACUUGUCAUUGUGGUGCCAGUGAGUCGGCACAAGUAUUUGUGAAAGUAAAGCAAAUAGUGUCAAUCCUAAAGUGAAUCCUGACCUUUGACCUUUCUAUCCACUAUGUCUAUCUCCAUUCCCCUGAAUUGAUCCGUUAGAUUUUUCUGGAUCUAGUGCGUGAGUGAGAAAAUUCCCGUAAUGAUAAGUGUCUCUGAAGAGAGGUAUUACUCAAGAGUGUAUCAUUCUUCAGAGUGUGUAUGUGGAAUUUGCAUUAGGGAGAAGGAGAGUCUUUAAAUGGGUCCAUCAGUCCGGAUGCGCAUCUAUUUGUUUGUGUAUGUGCAUCAGUCUCAGUCGUAUGUAGAGACAGUCUAUGCAACACAAGAAGCCAGCGUGUCUUCCAUAACUGCAAAGUACAAGGACUUAAACAUCUGAAGGACGCCACAUCCUCACCUUGAACACAUUCCAGCGAUUUUAGCCAAAGAUGAAGCCCCUCAUGCUGCUGUUUUGGAUUUUCGCUGUGCCUGUACACACUUUUGUGCUUCAGCCGAGUGUAAAUGUGACAGUCAAGCAGAAGAUUUCAGCAGAAGGUGACCUUUGGGCAGAGCAGAGAUUUGAUCGUUUGAUGGUGGCUCUCGACACUGAAGAGGAGAAAAGAAAUGAGGAAGAGGUCAUAAUGCAAGAGGUGGAAGAAGAAACAGACACAGUUGAAGACCAUGGUAUGAGGAAAACAAAAAGUGUGGGACAAUCAAGAGAAACUAAUGUAAAAAGCAAAGUAGUAGUAGAAAAAGAGGAGCAGCAAGGACAGAAUCUGGGUGAACAUGACAUGACAGAUGUAAUCUUAACCAAACCCAUCCUCACUGCACAGAAUACCAGCCUUUCACGAGAAAUUGUGGGUGAGGAACAUCUACCUCCUACUGAUAAUCAGAAUGCAUCUUCUCCAACCAUGGCCACCGCCUCCCAAGCUGUCCUGAAUUUGCAUACAAAAUCAGUUACUGUACUUUCCUCAUUCCCCUUCACUUCACAAGGACCAGCAGCAACUUCUGAAACCUUGCCUAACAUAACCAUGAAACUUCAUAUUGUGGAUUCAACUGCUGAGGCGACCGGAGCCACCUUACUAAGAAAUGAAAGCAGCACAAAUGAUGAUCUCAGAGUGGAGCUGCAUGUGAUGAACAGCUCUAAACUCCACCCACUGGAGGACGUGAGUGCUGAUGUCACAGUGAUGGAAGCAAGGGCAGGACCCACUGCAAAGACCCCUCUUAGUACUUUUAUGGCCGAAUCAAAAAACACACCUAAAGACAAUAUGACACUGAAAGCAAAGAAAGCAAAGGUCCUCACAGUAAAGGCAAAGAAGGCCAAAGUUAUGAAAAAAGCGAAGAAAGUGAAAAAGUUCAAACGAGGGAGAAAAUUGAAACCGACAACACCUUCAUAUUUUCCCUAUUUUGAAGAUCACUACUGUCCCUCAGAAUGUUCCUGCUAUGGGAGGGUUGUGCAGUGUUCCGACAAACAUCUGCACAGAAUGCCUUAUGGAAUUCCUUACAACUCCCGUUACAUUCUCUUAAUGAACAACCACAUCGAUAGCAUUCAACUCAAGUUGCUCUCCGAGUAUGACUCCAUGGAGUUCUUGGUGUUAAGCAACAACCAUUUAUCAGACGAGACCAUCGAGGGUUCCUUUGAAGGGAUCAAGAGCCUUAAGAGACUAUACAUAGAGCGGAACCUUCUCCAAAGUAUCCCAAAUGACCUGCCCGUUACUCUGGAGGAGCUACGGCUGGAUGGGAACCAGGUAAAUGUGAUGUCUGAUGCAGCCUUCGGACGCUGCCCAAACCUGCUGAUCCUCAGCCUGAGCAACAACAGCCUGGGGAACAAAUCAUCCACUAUCCCUCCAGGAGUUCUGCUACCAUUGGCCAAACUUCGGACGCUUACACUUUCCUACAAUCAGCUUGCCUCUGUUCCCCUGCAGUUGCCCCUCAGCCUUCGAGAACUCUAUCUCAGAGGCAACCGUAUUCAACGCCUCCAAGGCGACAUGUUCUGGGGUGAGGCGGAGCUACAGGUCCUGGAUCUAAGUGCGAAUAGACUGACCGAUAAAGGUCUUGGUAAGGCAGCACUACUGAAUGUCAGUCACCUUGAGAGUUUAAAUCUAGAGGGCAAUUUACUGAAGCAGGUUCCUCUCCAUCUACCCGGCAGCAUAAAGACUCUUAACUUGGAGGGAAACUUCAUCUCUAGCAUUGGCAAGGAUGCUUUUAUCUCAAUGCCUCAGCUGGAGCACCUAGGCCUAGCAAGAAACAAGAUCACUAAAGUGGCCCUUGGCGCUUUCCGGGUUCUUCCACUUCUGCAUCAGCUAGACAUGAGUCACAACGCCUUACAACAGGUACCAAGGCAGCUCCCGCUAUGGCUCCACUCUGCAACAUUUUCGCACAACAAGAUCCGUGUAAUUUCACGUGAUGCUUUCUGUUGGGGUCGAGGCAAUGAGUCUCCUCUCAGCCGCCUAGUCAGGGUUCACCUGGAAUAUAACUUAGUAGAUCGGGGCCACCUGGACACGUUUGCCUUCCGUUGCCUCAGAGGCUUUCAGGUGGUGCAUUUUUACUAAACUGAGCCAAUUAGGAAACCAUGUAAAUGGUCAAUAUAUGGGUCAAAGUAGAAUUUACAGGUCUCAGCUUGUUUUUUUUUUUCCAGAAAAUUGGUGAUCUUUCAGAAGAACGAAAGUCUGAAGUUUGCAGGUAGUGAGGAGGAAACUACAUUGACUGCAAAAUAAGACAAAUAUGUGUCCUUGCCCUGAUUUGCAAACUUUACAAAAUAGGAUUUUGAAGUACUUAAAGAGCAGUGGUGCUCAUGAGGACAUAGAUUUGAGUCUUAAUGUCCCUUUCCCUAUACCUUCCUUCCGGUUGAUGCUUAACUGAUUUUAUUAAAAGCCAAAAUAUUAACUGUUUGAGGCCUGGGUUAAUUGACCCCAAGAUGUGUUGAUGUUUUAUAACUGAAAGUCAUAGCUCUGAAAUGUGACUAGUUGCUAAAAACCAGAGAGAACAGGAUUGUUGCUUGGACGAAAUCCACAAAAGUUGUUUUGAGAUUACAUUGUCUUUAUCUAAUGUUUCAUAAGUGUAUUUCAUCGUUUAAGUGUAUUACUUUGGAAAUAAAACACCCAUUUUCAUAACCUGGCAGUCUACUAUCU